CAACCUAACCAGCGAAGAAUUGCAUGGGUGAAGGAUGAUGGGCCUUGUAGUUCAAUGACAUCUGCAGGUCUGCCUGGCCCCUCGUCAGCAUCAAUGCCUUCCUAGUUUGCACCUAUGGAUUAGCGUGUGCAAGUUUCUUUUGCUAUUGCAGUGAUUGUCAGUCUCUCUCUCUCUCUCUCUUUUUAAAAAAUCCCGGUGCUUGGUUUCCAUCUUUUGGCUUUUCUUGGGGGGUGGGUGAUAUGGGUGAGCCUCUCUGGCAGGGUCCUGGCUGGAAGAGUUUGGCGUUGCUCGUCCCCCCAUACUCCAAGCAGUGGUUUCAGCGAACGGGUUAAAUGCAGAGAGCUUUCCUCUUGCGCCUAGAGAGGAAUGGGGGGGGGGGUGGAAGCCCAAUUUCCUGCCCAUCCCGCACCACCCCCCUUUCUUAGUCUCCAGACAUCCCUUACGCCAGGGCUGCGGAGAUCCCUUCGUGGGGAGGGGCGUUCAAGAGGCGCCAGAAAGAUGGAGGUAUGGGACUCGGCAGGAUGCCAGGCUGGAAAGAGAGUGCCAGCGAGGGGAAGCAUUCAAACUGUGGAAACACAGGAAUAUCUGAAUGAAUCUCUCACUAUUUCUCAGAUUAAGCAAGAAUCAGAAGAGGGGCUGGACCAGUUGUGUGAGAUCCAGAAAAGAGAAGCUCUGAGGGCUCCAUAUUUGGAUGGAAGAAACUCUCUACCUUCUUUGUCCUCACCAGAGAAUAAUACUAGGCCGCCUUUUAGCAGAAUGGCCGAUCUCCAUCAACGGUCCCUCAGAGGAAAAGCUGCAUCUGAAACCUUGCUAGACCUGGGCUGCAUGGAAGUUCCCAAAUUUUACGAAGGCCUGCAUUCCCCAGUGGAAGUGAAGGAAGAGUUGGUGGAGGAGGACAAGCUCAGUGUGGUGCUACAAUGCCAACGCUUCCGGCAGUUUCGCUAUGAGGAAGCUGAAGGGCCUCAGAAAGUGUUUGGUCAACUCUGGGACCUCUGUUGCCAGUGGCUGAAGCCGGAGUGUCACUCUAAGGAGCAAAUCCUGGAGCUGGUGAUCUUGGAGCAGUUCCUGAUGAUCCUGCCGCUGGAAAUGCAGAACUGGGUUCGGGAACAGUGUCCGGAGACGGGGAGCCAGGCGGUGGCUCUGGCCGAGGACUUUCUUCGGAGGCUGCCACAAGGAGAUGAGCAGAGGGAAGAUCUGGCGGACUUGCGACAUGAGCCUUCCAAUUCCGAACUGGAUCCGUUGGAUAUUGUGAAAGUUGAGGUCCCCAUGGAUGGAGACAGAAGCUUCGACCAUCAACAGCACUUCCUUGGAGAAGUGACAGACUUGCCCGAGGGAAUGUACAGUAGCAGGAGGAUGAAGGCCACUUUUGACUCUCCUCCAAGGAGCCAGAAAGUCCCACUGAAGGAAAAACUGCACGAAUGCCAAUAUUGUGGGAAGCUCUCUGACUGCCGCGCCCACCUGAUUAUUCACGAGCGAACCCACACAGGGGAGAAACCCCACAAAUGCUCAGCGUGUGGGAAAAGCUUCACCCGGAAGGAAUCUCUGAUUAUCCACGGGAGGUUCCAUACGGGGGAGAAGCCCUACAAAUGCUCAUUGUGUGGCAAAACUUUCAGUGAUAAAAUUGGGCGCCUCAUCCACGAGAGAACUCACACCGGGGAGAAGCCGUACAAAUGCUCCGAGUGUGGGAAGAGCUUUGGCACUCGUUGCAACCUUCUGAGGCACCGGAGAGUUCACACGGGUGAGAAACCGUACCAUUGCUCGGACUGCGGCCAGAAUUUCCGAUACAGGCCGCAGUUAGUGAUCCACGAAGGGACCCACAAAGGGGAGAAGCCUUAUAAAUGUGCAGACUGUGGAGAAACUUUCAGUCAGACGCGGCAUCUGGUGAUACAUAAGUGGACUCACACGGGAGAGAGGCCUCACCAAUGCGCCGUCUGCAGCAAAAGCUUCAAUCAAAAGUCGGACCUUAUUACGCACACCAGGACCCACACUGGAGAGAAGCCGUAUGUCUGCUCUGAUUGUGGAAAGAGUUUCAUUUCGAGUUGCCAGCUGAGGAAGCAUGAGAGAAUUCACACCGGGGAGAAACCGUACCAGUGCGCAGAGUGCGGGAAAUGCUUCACUUACAGUUCUCACCUCACUACGCACAAGCGAAUACACACAGGCGAGAAACCUUACCAGUGCCCGGAUUGUGGGAAAUGUUUCAUUUCUAGUUCUCACUUUACUGCCCAUAAAAGGACGCAUACUGGCGAGAAGCCCUACCAGUGUACCUACUGCGGGAACAGUUUUAUUCAGCGAUCACAGCUUGCCAAACAUGAGAGGUCACACACAGGAGAGAAGCCCUACAUCUGUUCCGAAUGUGGGCAGAGCUUCCGGUGGAGCCAAGGGCUCAAAAAGCACAUGCGGACUCACACUGGCGAGAAGCCAUAUGGGUGCUCUGCGUGUGAGAAAACUUUCUCCAGUUCCUUUAAUCUGUCCAGGCAUCAGAAAAUCCAUGCAAAGGAGAAACAUCCCUUAUGCCAGGGUUGUGGAGAUUCUUUCAUGGCGAGAGGUGCUCAAGAGGAACCAGGAAGAAAGAUGGAGAUACGGGACUCGCCCGGAUCCCAGGCUGGAAAGAGAGUGCCAGCGAGGGGAAGCAUUCAAACUGUGGAAACACAGGAAUAUCUGAAUGAAUCUCUCACUAUCUCUCAGAUUAAGCAAGAACCAGAAGAGGGGCUGGACCAGUUGUGUGAGAUCCAGAAAAGAGAAGCUCUGAGGGCUCCAUAUUUGGAUGGAAGAAACUCUCCGUCUUCUCAGUCCCCACCAGAGAAUAACACUAGGCCGCCUUUUAGCAGAAUGGCCGAUUUCCAUCAGCGGUCUCUCAGAGGAAAAGCUGCAUCCGAAACCUUGCCAGGCCUGGGCUGCACGGAAGUUCCCAAAUUUUACGAAGGCCUGCAUUCCCCAGUGGAAGUGAAGGAAGAGUUGGUGGAGGAGGACAAACUCAGUGUGGUGCUACAAUGCCAACGCUUCCGGCAAUUUUCCUAUGAGGAAGCUGAAGGGCCUCAGAAAGUGUUUGGUCAACUCUGGGACCUCUGUUGCCAGUGGCUGAAGCCGGAGCAUCACUCUAAGGAGCAAAUCCUGGAGCUGGUGAUCUUGGAGCAGUUCCUGAUGAUCCUGCCGCUGGAAAUGCAGAACUGGGUUUGGGAACAGUGUCCGAAGACGGGGAGCCAGGCGGUGGCUUUGGCCGAGGACUUUCUUCAGAGGCUGCCACAAGGAGAUGAGCAGAUGGAUCUGGGGGACUUGCGUCAUGAGCCUUCCAAUUCUGAACUGGAUCCGUUGGAUAUCGUGAAAGUUGAGGUCCCCAUGGAUGGAGACCCAAAUGCUUUGAAAAACCUGGGGAUGAAAUCUGGAAGCUCCGAUCAUCAACACUAUUUCCUCGGAGAAAUGACAGACUUGCCCGAGGAAAUGAACAGCAAGAAGAGGAUGAAGGCAACUUCUGACUCUCCUCCAAGAAGCCAGAAACUGCACAAAUGCCAAUAUUGUGGGAAGCUCUGCAACUGCCACUCCCACCUGAUUAUUCACGAGCGAACCCACACAGGGGAGAAGCCCUACAAAUGCUCGUUGUGUGGCAAAACCUUCAGUAUUAAGGGCAGGCACCUCAUCCAUGAGAAAUCUCACACCGGGGAGAAGCCGUACAAAUGCUCUGAGUGCGGGAAGAGCUUUGACACUCGCUGCAACCUCCUGAGGCACCAGAGAGUUCACACGGGUGAGAAACCCUACCGUUGCUCGGACUGCGGACAGAGUUUCCGGUACAGACCACAGUUAGUGAUUCACGAAGGGACCCACAAAGGGGAGAAGCCUUAUAAAUGUGCAGACUGUGGAGAAACCUUCGGUCAGAUGCGGCAUCUGGUGAUACAUAAGUGGACUCACACAGGAGAGUGGCCUCACAAGUGUGAGGUCUGCAGCAAAAGUUUUAAUCAAAAGUCGGACCUUAUUACACACACCAGGAUCCACACUGGGGAGAAGCCAUAUGUCUGCUCCGAUUGUGGGAAAAGUUUCAUUUCGAGUUGCCAGCUGAAGAAGCACGAGAGAAUUCACACCGGGGAGAAACCGUACCAGUGCGCAGUGUGCGGGAAAUGCUUCACUUACAGUUAUCACCUCACAACGCACAAGCGGAUACACACGGGCGAGAAACCUUACCAAUGCCCGGAUUGUGGGAAAUGCUUCACUUACAGUUAUCACCUCACAACGCACAAGCGGAUACACACGGGCGAGAAACCUUACCAAUGCCCGGAUUGUGGGAAAUGUUUCAUUUCUAGUUCUCACUUUGCCACCCAUAGGAGGACUCAUACUGGCGAGAAGCCCCACCAGUGUACCUACUGUGGGAACAGUUUCCUUGAGCGAUCGCAGCUUGCUAAACAUGAGAGAUCACACACGGGAGAGAGGCCCUUCAUCUGUUCUGAGUGUGGGAAGAGCUUCCCCCAGAGCCAAGAGCUCAAAAAGCACAUGCGGACUCACACUCGCGAGAAGCCAUAUGGGUGCACCGAAUGUGAAAAAAUGUUCUCCAGUUCCUCUAAUCUGUCCAGGCAUCAGAAAAUCCAUGAAGAAAGAUGGAGGUACGGGACUCGGCAGGAUGCCAGGCAGGAAAAAGAGAGCCAGUGAAGAGAAGUGUUCAAACUACGGCAACACAGGAAUAUCUGAAUGGUUUUACUACAUCUCAGAUUAAGCAAGAACCGGAAGAGGAGCUAGACCAGUUGUGUGAGAUUGAGAAAAGAGAAGCUCUGAGGGCUCCAUAUUUGUAUGGA